GAUGGCUCUUCAUCAUUCCCUUUUACUUAUCGUCUUGUUGGCAUUUGUGUCAGUGUGUUCGUCGGAGAGGCCAUUGCCUCCCUUCCACCACAAUGGAAAGCCUUUACCAGGAGCUCACCCUCCUACGCUUCCCCCGCCACUUCACAAACCACAACCACACCAUCCUUCUCCCUUUGUUCCAAAGCCUCCACCCCUUCACAAGCCCCCAUUUGAAGGGAAACCUCCCAUGAAAGGUGCUCCUCCACUUCCAAAGCCGCAACCACACCCCGCUUCUCCAUUUAUUCCAAAGCCUCCCCCACUUCACAAGCCUCCAUUUGAAAAGAAACCUCCCAUAAAAGAUGGUCACUUGUCUUCUCCCCCUAAUGCUCAUCAAUCUCCUCCCCUUCCCAAAGUUAAACCACCCCUUAUUCCCAAGCCUCCACCAGUGCAUGGCAAAGUGCCUCCUCAUACCAUCAAUGAGCACCCCACUUCUUUCUCCCAUGGAAAACCUCAUCCUCCUCUUACUCCUCCAUUUCACAAGCCAGGUUCCCCCAUCUUCAAUCCCCAUGGCCAACCCCAUCCUCCCUUGAAGAAAUCUCCCCCCAAGCCAGUAGUAAAGCCCCCACCAAAGCAUGGACACUACAAUUCUCCUGUCAUGCAUAAGUCUCCUCCACCUCACCCUACUUAUUAGAUAUUUUGUAGCCAAUCGUGGAAAAUAUAUAGACCGUAUGUAAAGGAGAGGUGGUUUAGAUUCUACUCAUCCAUAGUAGUAUUGUCUACUACAUGUUGCUUUCGCCGAUGAUGGGAGACAUGAAUUCCUUAGAAAUGUUGUUAUCGAUCGGUGAAUACUAGAAGCUGCGGCUUUUCUGUGUAUUAUCGUAUUGUCAUAUUAUAGAUGGUUUCAUAUUACAAUAAUGAAUCGUUUUAGAUGAA